AACUUGGCCCUUAUCAUUCGCGACUUGAGCCGUGUUCUUGGAAGCAAAGCGGAGAACGGAGAUUACUUUCAGCGAUCGAUCUACUCUAUCAACUUGAUCGCCAGGACAUGGGUUUGUGGACGUUUCUGGAAGGACUUCUUCUCCUUGCAAAUGCAUUUGCAGUACUGAAUGAGAACCGCUUUCUUGCUCCUAGAGGGUGGAGCUUCUCAGAAUUCACUGGACCCAAGGCAAAGUCACUUAAGGGACAGAUUAUAGGGUUAAUAUACGCAAUCCAAUACAUGAGGUUGCCCCUCAUAGCGCUCAAUAUCCUCUUUAUAACUGUUAAACUGGUGUCUGGGUGAGGUUUAACUUUGGAUGUUGCAAGAGAUGCAGGCAUGAUACACUUCAACUGUUUAGCUGUUUGAGCAGUGUAAGAAAGUAGACAUGAUACAUAUUGAAUCGUUUGGCUUUUU